AAGCCAAAAGAUUCAAUUUAGGAUAGGAGCUAUAUAUUAUCACUUGAAAAGACAAGUUUCUUUUGGUCCCUAAAUUUCAUCUCCAAGUAUUUUAUACCAUAAUAUUUCUAUUCACCAUGUGACUUUUCAACGUGAAUGAUCUCAUAAAGGGAUUGAAAAUUGAACCAUGUAGAUAAAACAAGUGUCAAACUGCAGAAAUAAUUAGAAGGGCAAAAGAUCAAAGAACAAGUAGACUUCAAAGGUAACAAGUCUCCAUUAUUUUAUGGGUGAGGUGUCACAACUUGUUCUAAUCCAAAACUAACACAAACUUCACCAACUUAAGAACCUUAUAAGUUCUCUACCUCAACCACGUCUGUGUUUGUUCCAAUGGGAGAGAAUUCUAGGGAGUUUGGAGAAAACACAAAAAUCAACCACAAGAUGGAAGAAGUUGAAAGAGAAGAAGAAAUAGACCCAGAAAGCAAUUCACUGAAUGAGCCACUGCUCAAGAGGAACCGCACACUGUCUUCCAACCCUCUUGCUUUGGUUGGAGAAAAAGUUUCCUACAUAGAAAGCUUGGAUUAUGAGAUCAAUGAGAAUGAUCUAUUCAAGCAUGACUGGAGGAGCAGAUCAAGAGUUCAAGUGUUGCAGUACAUAUUCUUGAAAUGGUUACUAGCAUUUCUUGUUGGUCUUCUCACUGGUGUUAUUGCCACUCUCAUAAAUCUUGCUAUUGAGAAUAUUGCGGGGUAUAAGCUUCUGGCAGUUCUUAAAUACAUCCACAAAGAAAGGUACUUGACAGGUUUCCUAUAUUUCACGGGCAUUAAUUUCGUUUUGACAUUUGUUGCUGCUAUUCUCUGUGUGUGUUUUGCACCCACAGCAGCAGGACCUGGAAUUCCUGAGAUCAAAGCUUAUCUUAAUGGUGUUGAUACUCCCAACAUGUAUGGAGCUACAACAUUGAUUGUUAAGAUAAUUGGAAGCAUUGGAGCUGUCUCUGCAGGCCUAGAUUUGGGAAAAGAAGGACCAUUGGUACAUAUAGGAAGCUGCAUUGCUUCCUUACUAGGCCAGGGAGGCCCCGACAAUUACAGGAUCAAAUGGCGCUGGCUUCGAUAUUUUAACAAUGAUCGUGACCGUCGAGAUCUUAUAACCUGCGGUGCAUCUUCAGGAGUUUGUGCAGCUUUCCGGGCUCCAGUGGGUGGAGUUCUCUUUGCUCUUGAAGAGGUAGCAACCUGGUGGAGAAGUGCUCUCCUAUGGAGAACUUUUUUUAGCACAGCUGUGGUGGUGAUGGUUCUCAGGAUAUUCAUUGAAAUCUGCCAUUCUGGAAAAUGUGGCCUUUUUGGUGAAGGAGGAUUGAUCAUGUUUGACGUAAGCAAUGUCACAGUGAGGUACCAUGUUAUGGAUAUUGUCCUUGUUGUAGUCAUUGGAAUCAUAGGCGGGGUAUUAGGAAGCCUUUACAACCACGUGCUACACAAGAUCCUCAGACGCUACAAUCUCAUUAAUCAGAAAGGAAGACUACAUAAACUCCUUCUCAGUCUUGCAGUUGCGCUCUUCACGUCAAUGUGCCAAUAUGGUCUCCCAUUCUUAGUAAAAUGCACCCCAUGUGAUCCAUCGCUUCUAGGGUCAGUCUGCCCUACCAAUGGACGAUCUGGAAAUUUCAAACAGUUCAACUGCCCACCGGGCUCCUACAAUGAUCUUGCUACUCUGCUGCUUACCACUAAUGAUGAUGCUGUUCGAAACAUAUUCUCAACCAACACCCCUCAAGAAUAUCAACCCAUGUCUCUCCUAAUUUUCUUUGUACUCUAUUGCAUUUUAGGACUAAUUACUUUUGGAAUUGCAGUGCCAUCUGGGCUCUUCCUCCCUAUCAUUCUUAUGGGCUCAGGUUAUGGCCGCCUUCUCGGCAUCUACAUGGGACCUCAUACAAACAUUGACCAAGGGCUGUUUGCAGUACUUGGUGCAGCCUCCCUCAUGGCUGGCUCCAUGAGGAUGACUGUAUCCCUUUGCGUGAUCUUUCUUGAGCUCACCAACAAUCUUCUCCUACUACCAAUAACAAUGAUUGUUCUCCUAAUAGCCAAAACUGUGGGAGACAGUUUCAACCCAAGCAUCUAUGAGAUUAUACUGCACUUGAAAGGCCUUCCUUUCAUGGAUGCAAAUCCUGAGCCGUGGAUGAGAAAUCUCACUGUGGGUGAGCUUGUUGAUGUAAAGCCAUCAGUGGUUACCCUACACGGAGUAGAAAAGGUAGCCAAAAUUGUAGAUGUCUUGAAAAACACUACGCAUAAUGGUUUCCCUGUUAUGGAUGAUGGGGUAGUACCACCAGUAGUAGGACAGGCCAAUGGAGCAACAGAACUGCAUGGACUGAUUCUAAGAGCACAUCUCAUCCAGGCACUAAAGAAGAAGUGGUUCUUUAAAGAAAGAAGGAAGACAGAGGACUCAGAAGUGAGAGAGAGAUUUACCUGGGUAGAGCUGGCUGAGAGAGAAGGAAGCAUUGAAGGGGUGGCUGUGACCAGCGAGGAAAUGGAGAUGUUUGUUGAUCUACAUCCUCUUACCAAUACAACUCCCUUUACAGUGCUAGAGAGCAUGUCAGUAGCAAAAGCAAUGAUCCUCUUCAGACAAGUUGGACUUCGCCAUCUGCUUGUAGUACCCAAGUAUCAAGCAUCUGGGGUAUCCCCGGUAAUUGGGAUCUUGACAAGGAAAGAUCUGCUAGCCCACAACAUUCUGACAGUCUUUCCACACCUGGCACAAUCUAAGGGCAGAGAAAAGAGGAAUUGAAAUUGAAUGGCCAAGCAGCUCUCUUGGGACAAGUUGGUUCCUCAAUUCCAUAAGUCAUUCCUCAAUUUUGUAUUACUUGGAUCAAAAGCAUGGAGAUGAAUAAGAUACAAAAGUAACGUAAAACUAUAUUCAAAUUUUAAUAUUCUUUCAACACAAUUUAUCCAAUGAGGAAACAUAAUUCCCUUUUCCACCGGUACAAACAAUAUCCCCAAAUGGCAAUGGUAAAUUUUUCCACUCUAGACUGCUACAAAACUUGUCCAUUUCUUUUCUUCCAUGCAGGAUUACACACUGGUUCACAGGUGUACACAAAACCCCACAUAUUGAACCAUGCCCUAGUUAAUGUCUCGCAGCUCCUUGCAGGUGUUUUUUCUUUUUCUUUCCAGGUUUCUUUUUCGGAGGGCCCCUCUUGAAUACUGCUAGAACUUCAAUGCUGCAACCAAUGGGCAAAUGAAAAAUUAAUAUUCUUUUACUUUAAGGGGAGAGUGGGGAAUCGAGAGGAUAAUUGCUGCGUACAAUCAUAUAACCAACUACACAAUGUAUCAUUCAUUUACUUCUAUAGAGAAAAAAGGUUAUAAUAAAAAUUUUACCUGAGGGGAAUAAAUCUCAAAGGGGAUGGGUGGAACAUAUUUAAAGUAGAUAUCAUAUCAUGGAUUAUAUAUACAGCGCAUAAUCACUCUCUAGGAAUCAUUCUGUAAUUUUAUAUAUGAACAGGGUAAUGAUAAAUUUUCUCAAGUUGAUUCCA